AUGCUUCAAUACAGCAGCAGACCGCACACACCAGGCGCUCGCCGAAGACGAACGAGGAGCUCAUGCGCAGACUCAGGCUUGCUCCCAUCACCAUCUCCGUCGCCUUCACCUUCACCGUCAACACCAUCAGACAGCUCGUACUGGCCAGACUCGUUCCCCAUGGCCGCGCAAACUUGCGAAGCCUUGUUAGGCAUAGCCAUCCACGAUUUGUCAUCCACUCCUGACUUUCUCCAGGACUCUACUGGUGCCAUGCAGAUGCAGGCAUCCUCUCCAUGCCCAUCGUCUCAGCCUUUCGAAAUAGGCCUCUCUCUUCGGGGGGUUACAACUCCCUCCUCCCCAAACUCCUCAACCUCAUCCACCUCUCUCGGCCAUCACUCCGACGCCGCUGAGGCAUAUAAGUAUGACGCUCACUCCCACACCCAUACUGGUGCUAGUCCACACGGGCAAUCUUCAGGGUUAGUUGGAUUCAUAACAAUUCAUUUAUAUAUUCGGCCUUGA